ACGCCUCUGGAUCUACUUUGGUCAUCAGUUUAUUUUACCCAUUCGAUUCCACAUGUGAGCGCGCUCACGGGAUACUUGUCUUUGUAGGACUGGCUGACUUCACUGAGCAUAAUGCUCUCCAGGUCCAUCCAUGCUGUUGCAAAGGAUCUGAUCGCCAUGGCGCCCACAUUCCUGAUUCUUUUGGGGGCCGCCGUCGCACUGGGAGCAGACGUACGUCCUGAUAAAAACUUCUCACUCCUCCCACCCGUCAAUUUCACCAUUCACGCCGCGGGCUUGGCGCAAGUGCUCUUACGCUGGGACCCGAAUCCUGACCAAGAGCCCGGGUCGCUCACGCUCGGCUACCACGUGAAGGUCCACGCGCCGGAGGACGAGGACUAUCAAACCAAGAACACGGAGAGCAAACGGGUGGCCCCGCUUCACCGCGGCUUCUCGGCCAGCGUGCGGACGGUCCCCUGGGAAGAGCCCUCCCUCCUGUCGAGUGGCUGGGUGUCCGCCGAGCUCCCGGCCCCCCCAGGGUCUCCUGGGACCGCCGCGGUGAACCUGACCUGCUCCACCAGCACCGUGGCGAGUAACGGGACGCGCGCCCGGCCCUACCACGUUUCUCUGCGCUGCGCCUGGCUGGGGGGCGCCCAGGCCCCCGAGGACACGCAGUACUUCCUCCGCUACAGGUACGGCGCGCGGACGGAGGAGUGCCGCCGGUACAGCCAGGACCCGCGGCAGAGGAACGUGGCCUGCUGGUUCCCGCGGACGGGCAUCGACGGCAAGGGGCGGGACCGGCUCGCCGUGCAGGUCAGCGGCUCCAGCGCCCGCGCGGCCAUCCAGCCGUACGACGGGCUGUUUGCUCUUCACGCGAUCGAUCGCGUCAACCCUCCAGGGAACGUCACGGCUGAGGUCCAGGAGAGCCGUCUGCACGUCCGCUGGGAGAAGCCCGUGUCCGCCUUCCCGGGCCAUUGCUUUGAGUACGAAGUGAGAAUCCAAAACACAAGGAAGCGCUACUUCCAGACAGAAAAAAUGACGACCAACGAGUUCACCACAACAGUUCAUGACAUUUCUAAGUAUUGCAUCGAAGUGAGGGCCGCCGUGAGCUCCGUGUGCAGAGAGGGGGGGCUCUGGGGCGAGUGGAGUCCAGCAAUUUCCGUGGGAAACGAGGCGCAGAAGCCCUGGACGGAAUGGUACCCGAUCACGCUGGUGGCCGCCCUGUGCCUCGCCUUCGUCUCCUCCCUCGCCUGCAGGACAUGUCACGUGUGGACCAAGCUGUUUCCUCCAGUCCCAGGACCCAAAAGCCACAUUCAAGACUUCGCUGCCACGGUGAACUACGAGAAAUCUGGGUCGCGAGAGACAGAGAGCGAAGUCAUCAGCUACGUGGAGGAGCCCGGGCUCGAGGUCCUGGAGGACUUGGUGUUCUGACGGGGCGUGGGCCACCGGCAUGAGGACUGCCUCCCGCUCAGAGGCACGGGGUUCCCCAACACCGGCCGUCACUGCGGCCGGGCGGGCCGGGUGCCGGGGGGAUGUGCCCUUCUCUGCGAGUCCCGCACAGCGCUGACCCCGAGGACAGAGACGCUAUGGACCCGCUCCUUGCACAGAGCUGGACGCGGCACAGGGCAGAGCCAAGGCCACGUGCUGUCUGGGGAGGAAGGCGGUGUCAUCAGACUGCGACAGGAAUCGCAGGGACCACAUGGGCCUGGCCAUCGGCCGCCGCAGCCCGGCUCCUUCUGCUGACACAGCUCAGCGGUGACGCGUGCAUGGCUGAG